GCGUACCGUAUCCUCCGUCACGGAGGUUGCCGAUGAAAGAAGUGUUCGAUGCCCAGGGGCUGCCACGACCAGAUGUCUUAAAGCAACAUUUUGUGUUAGAGGGUCGCUUACAAGAAGAUGUAGCACUUAAAAUAAUCAACAAGGGUGCGGAAUUACUAAGGAGAGAGUCCACAAUGCUAGAAAUAGAGGCUCCAGUAACAGUAUGUGGGGACAUUCACGGCCAAUUCUACGACUUAAUGAAGCUUUUUGAAGUGGGCGGCAAUCCUGCGUCAACUCGCUAUUUGUUCCUAGGAGACUAUGUCGAUAGAGGAUAUUUUAGUAUAGAGUGUGUGUUGUAUAUGUGGUCGUUAAAGUUGCUGUAUAGAGAUACAUUUUUUCUGUUGCGAGGUAACCACGAGUGUCGGCACCUGACGGAAUACUUCACAUUCAAACAGGAGUGUAAAAUAAAGUAUACAGAAAGAGUGUACAAUGCGUGUAUGGAAGCAUUUGACUGCUUGCCGUUAGCAGCCCUUAUGAAUCAACAGUUCCUGUGCGUGCAUGGAGGUCUUUCCCCUGAAAUACACACGCUUGAGGACAUCAGAAAUCUGGAUCGAUUUAAGGAGCCCCCUGCCUUUGGCCCCAUGUGUGACAUCUUGUGGUCAGACCCUCUGGAAGAAUUCGGCCAAGAACACACAUCAGAGCACUUCAGCCAUAACUCAGUCAGAGGCUGCUCUUACUUCUAUAGCUAUCCAGCAUGCUGCGAGUUCCUUCAACAGAACAAUCUGCUCUCCAUUAUACGUGCACACGAAGCACAGGAUGCAGGGUAUCGUAUGUACAAGAAGAGCCAAGCAACAGGCUUCCCUGUUCUUAUCACCCUCUUCUCGGCACCCAACUACUUGGAUGUUUACAACAACAAAGCUGCCGUGCUGAAAUAUGAAAACAAUGUGAUGAACAUCCGACAGUUCAACUGCUCACCUCACCCGUACUGGCUACCUAACUUCAUGGAUGUGUUCACAUGGUCCUUGCCAUUUGUCGGAGAGAAGGUUACGGAGAUGCUUGUGAACAUCUUAAACAUCUGCUCCGACGACGAUCAAGACGACACAGAAGAGUCACUGGAAGGUCGUCAAGAGGAUGCAGAUCAGGCUGCCCAUUCACGCAAUGCUUCGACCCCAACAACAACCGCUGCCUCAGCCGCUGCACGUAAGGAGAUCAUCAGAAACAAGAUCCGAGCGAUCGGCAAAAUGGCCCGAGUCUUCACGGUCCUCAGAGAAGAGAGCGAGACUGUGUUAACACUGAAGGGAUUGACACCAACGGGUAUGCUACCUGCUGGGAUCCUAUCUGGAGGCCGGGACACCCUCAAGAAUGCAAUGGAUUUCCACAAAAUCAGUGGGUUCGCCGAGGCCAAGGGCCUAGACAAAGUCAAUGAGAGGAUGCCACCACGCAAGGACUCACCAACGCCCCCUAACAACACAGGCCCCUCCCCUGCUUCAUAGACGAACUCCUCCCCUUUAGAGUUCUCCCUCCCUGAGCCGAAGAAGCAUCAACCUCGCUCCCCAUAAACGAAAAACCUGGAAGCUGGACAUCAAGUUUAUCUCCGAAGGGAACGGGUUGCAUUCAAAAACCACCAAAAUGAGCUAAGAGUUUACUCUAAGGGCUGGGAGAAUGCUAUAACCUUGAUGAGGGUGUAUAAAAUCCUGAACGGUGGGGGCGUAAUUACAAACCCCUUUUGCCCUUGAAAGGGGACAGUGUAUAAAUUAAAAAAAGUUGCGUGUCACUGCCGUUUUACGUGGCGCACGCAGGUUAUGUACCUCCUAUCAUAGCUUUUACUAUUCAUAAGAAACCAAUUUGCACAGAAAGUAAAGCAGUACGUUUAGUAAGGCUGUGGUCGAAAGUAACAAAAAAUAAAAAAGCAAAAGGCUUUAUGGACUUUGGCAAGUUUACUUUUAUUUCCCGAAAGAAUUUUUUAGUUCAAUCUCAACGAGGAGACGCAAAAAUUAUUUUCAGGAAAUUAUCUGAAGAAAAUAUGUUAUUUGAUAAGAAAUUGCAUCCAAAUGUGAAUGGCAAGAGGUGGGGGAAAAAUAUUUUAUUUUAUUUCAAAUUGCCAAACUUAGUUUGUUAAAUUUUUCGUUUCAAAAACAAAUUAGCGAAAGAUUGGGCGAUUAUAUUUGUGUACAAAGUGUAGGAGUGUGUCAGGAACAUGUCUUGUGUGGACGUCUAACUGAAAGUGGAAAUUAUCGGAUUAAAGUGCAAUUGGGAUGUAUUUCUGUGCAACUACAGCCUGAAAUCUGUGGCCGCGUCAAGGCUUCGACCGACGCUCCACUGUAUUCCAACAGCUUGAAUAGGAAAAAAUGCUGUGUGCAUUAUGCAUCCGUUUCCCAAUUUUUUGUACAUUGUGUAAUACUAACUGCUGUUCAAUAUUAAAACGCGGAAUGCUAGUUAUUAUUAUGAUAUACAUUAAUCUUGUGGACUGUUUUUCUUUUUAGCUGUGAUUGGGUUCUGAUUCAAAAAAUAAAUGCCAGCCUGCUUUGAGUUUUUUAAAUUGUUAUUUAGUCAGUUCAAAAGGUUCACUAUUUAAACUUAUGGAAAGAGAAGUCUGGUACCUUUCUUCUUUCCUUGAUGCCCUGAUGUAUUAGAUUGCAUUUAACUUUCAAAGCUUUUUCAGGGUCAGUUUAGUGUGAAUCAGGAACUUUUUAUAUAUAUACCCGUAUUGGGAUAGUUUAAUGGAAGGUAUGUUAUGAAACGCUAUCCUGACUGGGUUUUAAUCUUUACCCCAAUCAAGAUAUCAAUCUCAUAAUCGGCAGAGUUACCUAAAAAUGUUGCCACCUUGAACUAACCCAAUGAAGAUCUAGGGUACACUUAUACCUGAAUUGGGGUAGUAUAUUGGAUGAUGAAGUUUCCAGAUUUGGAAAAUUAGGGUAGGCAGCCUGGUCGCCGUGGGUAGCGCGCCGUAUCGAUACCUCUCGUCACAUAAUCCUGGAAGGGAAACACUGAAAAACAAUUGUGGAUUGGUUAAACCAAAAGUGACUACUUUGGGUGCACGCUUUACUGUUGAGCACUUCUUGGGCACUUAGAUGCAUGUCAAAAUGCUUGUAUUUUGACGCAAACAUUUCAAACAAAUCAUGUUUUGAUGUGGUCACCCUAAACUGCAAACAGCUAGCUGUAUGACAAGAUCGAAAAAGAAAGAAAGGGGGCCAGGAGAUGUUCUGUGACUUGAUGCGUCUUUUACGGCGCAUUCUGCGAAGUCUUACACAGACUGGAUUGACCAACAGAGUAAUUGAAAUGUCAAAAAAAAAAUUAUUUUAAAAGUCACACUUCCAGGGGUAACGAUAGAGAUUGCUUGGCCAGUUGUACACCACCAGGAACAAGGUUGUAGGGUACGGGUAAUAUUCAAAGGAACGUAUUGCCAAGUUGGAACUAACGGCCAUGUUGGAAUGAACAUGCUUAUAAAAGGCAUCUUUGAAGUUGUCACUGCUGGCAAAGACCAUGCCUGAUUUGAACAUGGCCCAUGUUCAAACAAGGAAAUGGUUCCUGACUGGGUCCCAGUUAAUAGCCCCAUCCAUGAACUAUUCCCAGAUUAGAAUAGCAAAUUAAAAACAGGAUUGUUUUUUUUUUCUCCUAAAUUUAUCUCCCAAUCCCGGUCCCAGAAGUGAACAAAUUUAUACUAACCUAAAACCAUAUCCCAACCCUAAAUGUGAUAUAUAUUUUGUCACAUUUGGACGAAAGAGUUCGCAGCGCGUGAACCUUGCCAUUUUGUUGUGUGUGUAAAUACAUUUCUGAACUCUGUACAUCAUCUUGUAGAUUUCUGGAGGGGGGCGUGGUCAUUAAGUAGAUUUCUUAAGGGGGCGUCGUCACUCUCUGGACUUGGAUACCUAAUGUUAUGCUGGUCAUAACUUCCAUUUUUUUCAUCCUUCAAAAUGCAACGCCUAAAUCUAAUCAUCAGAUAAGCCUUGCCUAAGAGCAAGUGCCCAGCUUGCUUUUCAAUUUUCAAAUAGAUUGACCCAAAGGUCAAAUGGCUGGUACUUUGCAUUGAUUUGUACACCUUUCCUGCAUAAGGUUACCAGGCAAUUUGUUGAUUCUAGCCAAUGAUGUCUCUGUGAUUGUCGAACCAGGGUGUGGUCUUUUGUAAUGCUUUUAGUCAAUAAUCAUGUUACAAAUUCCAACCGAAUCAGAAAAUGCUUAUAUGCUGAAGAAAUAAUGUUUGACUGGUUGUAAAUGUUGCUUUGAAUGUACACCACUUGGAGUUGGGGAUGACAGAACAUAACUCAGUACCCAAUCAGGAUAUGCUUGCCACACCAAAUACCUCGUUUGGGAGAUAAUUUCCUCUCGUUUUUGUAAAACUUCCCUCAAAAAGGGUAUCCAAUCUGCAUGGCUUGUAUACAGCUUCAACCGUUCAUAUUGUUCAGUAAUGUAUAAUUAUUAGCCAGUAGUUCAUGUACAAUCCCUCUGUACAUUAAACAACAAAAAAGAAAUUAACGUGAACUAUGAGGUAAAAAAUAUAGAUUCUGUGUACAUUUUUAAGUGACCUUUAUUAUCAAGAUAUUGUAAGUUGGGAAUUAUUGCUUUUUUUGUUUAUAUUUCGUUUGUUUAUAUAGUAUGAGGCAGUGGUCAAAAAGCCUCCAUGGAACUGUGUUUUGAUGGUGUGUAAAAGUGAUUGUAACCAAAAUGGAUUUUGUCAAAUCCUUUAAGUCUAUGAGAAAUAUCUCAGUGGUGUAUAAAUGUAUGGCUACGUAUAGCUAUGCAGAAUGUUCAAAAUUGUGUAUGUAUGUAUGUUUAAAAACAAAAUUAUUGAAGACGGUCUCUGUAUCCUAAAAAAAAGU